AUGGCGCCCGGAUGGUUGCCCCAAGUCUCGCGAGGGCAGGCCAUGUCGACCUUCAAAGGUGAGUGGCUGUUGGCAUUGGAGCCUGCUCGAUAUACCAGCCAGACCAAUGCGAGAUGCGGUCCCUCGCAUGUCCAAUGGGACAACGUGGCACACGACCGAGCCCGAGCCAGAGCCAGAGCCCGAGAGCCCGAGAGCCCGAGAGCCCGAGCCCGAGUUCGCGGACUGAUGCAUCUCAAUUUGGGUACACGCAGGAUGCCUCGCAUAUACGCUCGUGUUCGCACUCGUCUUCACUCGAGCGUUCUAUAGGCUCAACGCGUACCCGAUCACGCUCAGUUCGAUGGUCAUUGUCAGCAUCGCGGGACAGCCGGGAGCGUCGUCGGGCGCGUGUUUGGACGCGGUGGCGUUGGCCUCGGUCGGUGUGGGCAUUGGCGCGGUCAUGUUCGUCAUCCUGGGACACCUGGGCCAUGCGGUCGUUGCACAGGGCUGUACGUCCCUUCUUCGUGUUCGCCUGUCGCUGGCUUUGCCAAAACUCCGUUCGGCACGCGAGAAUGCAACACUAACGCGAACAGCUCCUCCAACCACCCCUCGGGCUCAUGGGCUUCGCGCGCGUCUGCCACAGUCAUCUUUGCGAUUUACGUCUACUUUCUGGCCAUCAUCAAGGCGCAGUCGAUGCGUUUCUUUGGUCUUUCGCUGCUGGCCAUUCUGAUGGGCUUCAAUGGUAGGCUUCAUUCUAAUGAUGCUUGGGCUUUGCACACUCAGUUUAUCUUCUCUCCGCGCCCAGGAAUCUACACCUCGACGCUGCUCGGCGGCAAGUUUUCGUCCACAUAUCUCAAGGCCUACCUCGAAUCGUACGCCUGGGGGUUUGCUAUUGGUGAGCUAGAGCAUCUUCAUUUCGGCUGCUGUGACCGGACUCUCACCCAUCAUCCCAUUUUGAACGUACAGUUUUCGCGGUCAAUCUGCUGGUUUUCCCCACCUCGGCCGAGCGUGAGCUGCGCGAGCUCAUGGUCGACGCCCUGGAGCACAUGUCGACCUUCACCCAUCUCCUAGCCAAGACGUACACCGUCGAGAUCACCCAGGACGAGCGCGCCGUGCGCGAUGCCCUCAACGCGUCGAUCCGCGCCGAUUACGGUUUCCUACGGCAAAAGACGGCCCAGGUUGCGCUCGAGGUCAACUGGACCCGAUGGAGCAUGGCCGAUUAUAGCGGUAUGCUGGCCCGCAUCCAUCAGAUGCAACAAGGCCUGAUUACGUCGUACUCGAACCUGAUGGUGAUGGAGCAGUACGAGCCGCAAUCGCUUCAGAUCAUCAAAGAGGGACUCACGGAGCGUGCGACGGGUAAAACGUUUUUGAAGCUGAGGAAGGGCAUCGAUCUUGCCAUCGCGGACAUCGUUCAGGAACUCGGCGUCGGAGGUCGCACCCAUCGUCCUGUCGCACCAGGAGAGUACUCGUGGGAGGACUUCCUCGAAUACACGGAGCCGUCGGCUGACAACAACCUCGAGUCGGGAGAGCGUGGACCCAAUUUAUCGGAGCGGACGACCUCUGUCCAGUCCCCUGCUCUCGACGCCGGCUUCCGAAAGAUCUCGAUGCGGCUCAAGGAUGAAGUUGACGUCUAUUCCUCAACCCCCGUCGCAUCGAGACGACCGAGCUUCAACGAGGAGCACACCGGCAAGAUUAGCCCUGAACACCCGAAUCUGAACUUCGAUGGUACGACAGCGGCUUCGACUCCGAAAGCCGCCACAAUUAUCGAUAUCAAGCCGCUCGACCGAGCCGCUUCGAUCCGGCAAGCUUGGGCGGCAUUCAAAAAUCAUCAAAAUCAGCACGUGGCGGACUUACUUGCUUCCGGGACCCUCACCGACGGCAUUUUACGCGUCGAGCAACCCGGCCCCUCACUUCGAGAUGCGUGAGUAACCUGGGCCGUGUGUGAGCCGAUGAUCAACGUCAGGAGCUGAUCCAUCCAGCGCCUUCCGCAGAUUCUUUGCCAGACAGGCCAAUAAUAUUGCAGCCAAGGGGCUGAUGACAUCGACGGCGGUCCGCGCAAACAUUACGGAUGCAAGCCAACGAAAAGACGGCAAAGUCAAAGCGACGGACUCGGAAGAAAAGGCCGAGCAGAUGGAAGAAGGCGCGACGUCCACCACAUCGGCGGACGAGAUGGGUGCAGCUGGAGUAGGCCCGACUGGGUCGCCGGAACAGAUCGCCGGAACCACGGUGUUGCGGGUUUUGUCUUUCAUCUUCGGCAUGGGACAAGUUCUAGACGAACUCACAGCUCUUCACGAAGCGGUCGUACCCAAGGACGAUGCCUCACGACCGCGCAAGAAGAUUCACUUGCAUCUGCUGGAGCGGGCCCGCUUGUCGCCGCCAGUGUGGAAGGGCAUGCCUUUCCGUGAAGCGCUGUCGAAGCUCACUGGAGUCUCCUACGCGGACGAGAAGGUCACGCUGUGGCAGCGUUUCGGACAAUUCGAGAAACUCAUUCGAAGUCCUACCAGUCUUUAUGCAUUCAAGACCACUUGCGCGGUGACAAUCUUUGCGGUGUUCAUUCUGGCCCCUUCCCUCAAAGUGAGUGACGCCAAAAUGCUUUUAGUAGUUUGAUUGGUUCAGUGAACAUUUCUGAUUGCCGGGGUCCCCUCUGCGCAGACGUUCUUUAUCAACUACGGUUUGAACGGUGGUCUCAUCACCAUCGUUGUCGCCAUGGCCCCUGUUUUGGGCCAAGGCAUCUUCACCUGGGUUAUCCAGAUCCUCGGCACCGGUCUCGGAACAUUAUAUGGCCUACUCAUUCUUCGAAUUUUUUUGCACGUCGGCCCGCACUACUUUAACCCGUACGGUCUCACGUCUCUCCUCGCUGUGUUCGCCGUGCCCAUGUGCUUCAUCAUCUACACCAAGCCCAUGUUCUUUGCGGGAAGUCUUUUGGCGAUGAACGCCGCCGGUAAUGCUGUCAUCACGCAGUACGUCUACCGCGAUAUUCCAGAAGACCGCCGGCCCGGGUUCGACAGUCCAGCCUACCGUAGCGGCAAGUCACUUGCGGCACUGGCGCUGGCACUCGGCAUCGCAUGGUUCUGGCAAAUCUACGUUCUUCGUACCCCGGCUCGCCAGACCCUACGCACCAAGCUCGCCGGCAUCACGUUUGCGCUCGGGACCUACGCAACCCUGUUCCAAAUGAUGGCGGAAUCUUUGGCCCCCAUCCACGAGACUGAGGGAUACGUCGCGCCCCCUCGCGAAGCCGUCGAAUCUGUGCAGCACGAGUUGAUUCGUCGCGAGGGCCAGAUUCAGGCGGAACUCCUGGCUCUGAUGCCUUUGCUCCGAUUUUCAGCGCUCGAGCCUGCCUUUGGUCACAAGUUCGACGGUGCGACCUUUUCGCGCAUCAUCCGUAGUCACCAGGUCAUCUUGGAUCGACUCAGGGAAGCACGUACCGCGAUUGGUACCGAAGGGUUUCCCAAGUCGAUCAAGGACAACUUCACGACCCCUUUGGCGCCGUUCCGCCACCAGAACAAGCGCUUCAUGCGCGCCCUCUUCUACCUCGUCGGAACAAGUUUGGCCACCAAGAGACCGCUCCCUCAUGAUUUUCCGACGAUGCUGACGGCCGUUAGGGACCUUCAACACGAUGCGCUGGUACUUUCGCACCGCCUUUCGGUCAGCGAAAAUGGGAGGGAGAUUGUUUAUUCGCACGAGUUUAACCGGUAAGCUCUUUCUCGACUGCACAUCGGCCGAGACGCAAAUAGUGGCUGAGCUGAAUGCGUGAUUCCGCAGGUAUUGGUUCUAUCUCGCGAGCAUGAGCACGGUCUCGUACCGUCUCGAAGCGUGCGAGUCCGAUUUGGCGAUUCUGCUCGGCAGUGUCGAGGCCUCGCCUUUCGUGAUCAACGCGCGCCCUUCAGGAGGCCCCUAG